CUCUUCCCCUCACCUCUGCACAUCCGAAAAAAGCCGCGCAGAGCGACCUUUUAUCGCCGCAUCAUCCAUAAGUCACUCUACAAGCUCCAGGAUGAAGCCGUGUACGGUCCUCUAGACGACAUCAUCACCGAGAUAACAAGCGACAUUUGGGCGUCACCGUCUGAGUGGAAUCUUGAUUCAACGCUACGUGGGCUGGCGGAGCCGCUUGGAAAUACGGUGAUGCCACUCCCUGUCAGUACGGUGAUGCCACUCCCUGUCAGCCGUAUUCCCAGCAAUCAACCUCUGACGAUACGGAAAAACAGGAGUAGCAGAUCAACAGCAUCGGAAUCAAGUGCGACCUACUCCAUCAUGGCCAUUUCGCGAAGUAGCAAUGGCAACGAAGCCUCCGACUCUAGUAAGGUAUGUGCCAACUUGACCUCGCCGCCCACACCGUGGGCGCAGGUGGACGCGCUCUCACGCCCUGAGCCUGAGCCAACCUCAUUCAACCUAACGAUCUGUCCGGCCCAAACUCCCGCGCAACAGGCUCUCGAGGAAGUGCAACAUGCUGAAGAACCAAAAUUGGCGAAGCGGCGCUCGUCCCGCGCUCGUCUAUUCCCUGGUGGUCUCACUCGACUUCUGCGAUCAAGCAGUGACGCGAAAGCUGCCGAGCUGCCGACUUGCGCGGAAGACUGCAAUAGUGACGGUGGCAAUAAUUCGGGGCUUCCCAGCACUGAUGCUUCUAACGAUGCCAGCAUAAGUUGCAUGAUCAAGCAGGUAGCGCGGGGACUUCCCUCGCCGCUAGGGAACCGACAUGACAUGGACGUGAUCGAGGCUCACGAAGCUCCUCGAAUGCCGUUAACUCUGAAGACAACCAUCAACGUCUUGUCGGAGAUAAAAGUUUUUGGGCCAGAACAGAGUCAAGAGUUCUGGGCGAGCAUCGAAAUCGAGGGGGUACUACACAAUCGUCGUAGACUUGUGGACUCGAAUAUCGAUGUUGUCUUCGUUGUGGACAACGGAUACUAUGUCAGUAAAGACAGCCUCGCGCGUGCCCUCGAAGCAGCUGCUGGAGGGCUUCACCAGCUUGAUCGCGGUGAUCGUGUUGCUCUUUACACUACCCACUGCACGCAUGGCUCAGUGGCGAGCACGGUUCCAGACAAACUACUUCCGUUACGUCCAGUAUGUUCAGCAACUGAGGAGAUUUUCCGCCAUUUGACCCUGGACAUUGAGAAGUGCGGCACUCAAGCCUGGCAUCCGCCGCGUCCAACUCCACCUAUGUCCAACGUCAUUUUGGCGAUCGCAAAGUCCUUGGACAAGGAAUUGCCAAAGCACGAGCGCUGUCAUGUAAUCAUUUUGUCUCCGGUCGUUGACGUACUGCAUACCGUAUCAGACACACUCCCGAACAUGUAUGUCCACCAGAUCAACUCUGCCGUGCUACCGUUCAUUCGAAACGAGGAGCAUAGGGAGACGUGUUGUAGGAACGUCUUUGUGAGCAAUUGGACUCAUUACCAAUCAAUCCCUGGCCGCAUCAAGCAGAUCAUUCUUCAAGCACGCUCCGAAUGUCCAGUCGAAAAUAUCAAAGAUAUACAUAUAGACCUUCGGCCAAAAAGCGGCUGUGAGGUACUUGAGAUUGACGGUCCUACUACAAUGAGUACUCUUCGAUCUGGACAAGCCUUUUGCUUUCUUGUCCGUCUUCGUGUCGCACCGGCACAGACGCAAGAGCUUUGUGAAUCCCCUGAGGAUCCACUUCUGCAGCAUAGCUUGGAAGCCACGAACUUGCGACAAGAAAUAUACGCAACCAAAAAGCUUGAUGCUAAGCUCGCCCAUCUCGUCUCAGUCCAGAUCUUCUACAAGAGCAACUUGAAUCCUCCAGGUACUUGGUCAUACACCGAAGCUCCCUUGGUCGCUGUUGCAAAGCUCGGUAGGCUAGCGCCUCCACACGAUCUCGGGUUGGAUGUCUUCAAACGCCGUGUUUUCCAUAACCUCAAGAGCCUCGACAAUGAAGCGGCAAGGAAACAAGCGGAGAACCUAGCUAUGGGCAUUCCCGAUGACCGUGAUGACUUGAAGCAAGUCGUCCAUUGCAUGGCGAAAGAAUUACAUUGGCAUAACGCAGUCCUUGAGUAUGAGGCUUUGUCUCGGCAGAAGCUACCUUCGUGUACUGGGCCAAUA